GUACUGUGAGCAUGGAAGGCAAUCUAUUCUUCGCUUCACGUCUAUGGUUACAUGUGAUCUGAAGUUAUCACAUGAUCAUGUCCGAAAUUGAUCGACGUUAAGGGAGUGUCUUCCGAUUUUAAUAGUUUUCUCGAGUAACAAUGAUUCAACAAUUGUCGUUUCUUCUCGGCAUUCUUGCCACAGUUUAUGCCAGUGGUGAAUUCAUGGUUCUUCAUUCACCUGAUAGUGUAGAAUUCACUGUAAAUGGAGAGAUUGAACAAAGCAAUCUCAAGGAAAUCUUAUCCGCAGCACUUGGUUACACUGCAAAGCAGAAAGAUGCGUAUCAUAACAUUGCUAUUUGGGAUCCGUUUUCAAUUCCCCGGGCAUUGGUUGUUAUAGCGUGUGAUGGAAUGGAGACAUUGCCUCCUAUGGAAGACAAGAAAAUCGUAUAUCCUUUGACCGUUGAUGAAAUGGAAGAGACUACCUGGCAAGCACUUAGAAGCAGAGUGGAGGAACGAAGCAAUGUUAAUACUUUAGUCAGAAUUAAUUUAAGCGAUGGAGUUGAUGCUCUGGGCCAAUCGGCUCUCGGCGAACUGAAGCCAACUAACAUAGAGAAAUUAAAUUCUCUAAACUGGGAAGUCGAGGAGGAUCGCAAAUUCGUCGAGGUGAUACAACUUCUUAAUGCUAUUGCUGAUAAUGCAUCCUCUGCGAAGAAACAUGAUCCUGGCACACAUGUCUAUUGGCUGGUAGUAUCGGGUUUGAAAGCAAUCAUGGAGCUUCAUGGUAACAUGUCAAUUGCAGCCACAGAGGCGUCUACAUUACUGAAACAUGCAAUGGAACAUAUAAAUACAGCUUUUGUGGAUGGUUAUGAUGGCAAGGUUCUUGUUGUGGCAUUCACGAAUGACGCCAGCAAGAUGAGGAACGCCCGCUCCGUACUUCUUGAAAGGCAGCGAAGAGAUACUCCGGCUUAUAAGACUAACAGUGUUAAAUCUACAAAGGGUGCAAAGGGAGCGCCAAUUAGUUCAGACAUUAAUAAUUUUUUGGUCAAGCAAGACGGCGAACGAGACGAGCAAAAUAAUAAAAAGGACGAAGAGGAGAUAAAUAGUAUGAGUAGUACUAGCGAGUCCACUGUCGACAGCACUACUGAACGUACGGGCGUUCAGGAUGAUAGCGGGACGUCGGAAAAAUCCGACCUGGACUCCGUUAAUAAGAUAGAUACUAACACACAGACAAUAGGACAGCCCGAAUUUUCUGGCCGUGCGAAAACUUACACAGAGAACUAUCCAGUCAUCUUCAACAUAUUGCUGUGGUUCGGUGUUAUUUUCUUCUUCUCGCUGUUAGCUAUUUGUAUCGCCAUCGCGGAUAUGGAUCCAGGACGGGACUCUAUCAUUUACAGAAUGACGUCGAACCGAAUGAAAAAGGAUAAUUAAGUGUGGAUGUAUAUAGUUGUAAUUUUGUGAUAUGCGUUCUGUGUAAAAUAUACUUAUCAGAGCGCU